AUGCCUGGCGGAAAGGGCAAGUCCAUCGGAGGAAAGGGUGGCGCGAAGGACUCAUCCUCCGGAAAGCAGAAGUCCCACAGCGCGAAGGCCGGUCUGCAGGUUAGUUUCAUGCUGGACCUUCGAGGUGGUGCAGUCAGUCGCGAUUCGGGUGUCAUGCGUCAGGAGUGUGAUGUUUUGAUGAUUGGAGAUGGGGCGACGCAUGCGCGUGGGUGCCAAGGGUAUGCUCUCUCCCCUUCCCUUACCUCUGCACAGCUACUGAUCUUUCUCCCAGCUGCUGUCUACGUGACUGCCGUCCUCGAGUACCUGACCGCCGAAGUUCUGGAGUUGGCGGGUAAUGCUGCCAAGGAUCUCAAGGUCAAGCGUAUCACUCCUCGCCACCUCCAGCUCGCCAUUCGUGGUGAUGAAGAACUGGACACCUUGAUUCGCGCAACCAUUGCCUUCGGUGGUGUUCUGCCCCGCAUCAACCGCGCUCUUCUCCUGAAGGUGGAGCAGAAGAAGAAGAACAAGCCUGAUCUGUAA